CGCUUGACUAGCAUUGUCCCGGACAGUUUUAAUGUGAAGCUGCCAGAUUUAUCUCUCAGUUGCAGCACAGCGGACCACAGAUAAAGUGUGUGCGUUUCGUCGAGAAGAUACCAGGAUAACUCGCCAGUACGACACUCUUUGCUCUAAAGUGGAUUAGGAUUUUAUGUACAACAUGACAUUUGAGGAACUAAGUGGGGAUUACUCUCAAGAAAGAAUGGAUUCGGUGGCGAAAGCUUUGGAAGAAGUCCUCACCUCUGCAUUACCACAGGGCUGCAUUACAGUCGGAGUCUACGAGGCUGCCAAAUCACUCAAUGUGGACCCUGAUAAUGUGGUUUUGUGCAUCCUCGCCACUGAUGAUGAAGAUGUGAAAGAUGUGGCACUGCAGAUCCACUUUACCCUAAUUCAGGCUUUCUGCUGUGAGAAUGACAUCAACAUCCUGAGAGUCAACAACACCCGGCGCCUGGCAGAAAUACUGGAGGGAGGAGGAAAACAGAGUGGGGGCGAACCUAUGGACCUCCACUGUGUCCUGGUCACUAGCCCACACUCUACAUCAUGGAAGGACCCUGCUUUGAGCAAAGUGAACCGAUUCUGCAGAGAGAGCCGCUGUAUGGACCAGUGGGUACCCAUCAUCAACCUGCCCGAGCGAUGAACUUUUAGCUGCUAAAACCUGUGAAAGGACUCGUAUCUGCACAUUAAGAGUGGUGUGAACCCUGAUGGACACAUUACCACCCACAGAUCAAAUUCCAAAAGUACUGCUGAUGGGGAAAGAACAUUUUGGAGAGAAAAACAAAAAGACCCCGCUGUCUACAUGGGAUGUAUUUAAAAGAAGACAAAAAAAGAGCUGGGGGAAGGAUUCCCACUUUGGACAGGACUGUUUGGAGUUGCGUCUGUCAGCCUUGGCAACGGAGAGAUGAGAUGGCGAGGCACUUGUAUCGUCAUGUGGUGGGAAUUAAAAAAAAAAAA